ACUCUGUUUCAUUUCACAUUCAGAUUCAUUCCAACUACUCUCUAACUCACUACUUCUCCCCUUCUCCUUCUUCAAAUCUUCUAACAACUAAAAUUAGGUCAAAAUUCUAAGGUCAAUUUCUAAUCAAUUUAGAAUUUGUCGAUUUCUAGCUACAAACAAUGGCGUCUUACGAUCAUCUCCUGGCGGAGCAGCCGUGGUCCUACCGCCCGGCGUAUCCCGACACAUGGCUUUCCGAUCUAUUCACAAUGGAAAACGAAACCCUAACGAAGGCGCUGCACACCUCCAUCUCCGGCGCCGAGAUCUCAUCCGGAAUGCUGCACUCUGUCUACUCCAAGGCGGACACGACGCCGGUUCACACGCCGACGGUCUCCGGCGUGUCGGAGAACGAGGCUCUCGUCUCGAAGCAGCGGCGAGUGGCUCCGAUCUCCGGCGGCAGGGUGGCGAAGCGCAAGGCGCGGCCGUCGAAGCGCGCGGCGACAACGACGUUCUACAACGCGGAUCCGGAGAAUUUCAUGUGGAUGGUGCAGGAGGUGACCGGCGCGAAGAUCGGCGGCUCCAGCGCUUCCGCUUCGGCGGUGUCUAGACCGGAGCCGCGGAGAGCGGCGGACGGAUUCCCGACGCUGGACACGUCGGCGGCGUUCAUGCUCGACGCCUCGGCUUCGUACGCUGCGGCGGCGACCGACGGCGGAGCGAGGGAGCAUUACUUCGACUCUCUCUGUAACUUCCCCACGCUCGAAUCGUGGGAAGCUUAGAUUAGCUAUGCUCUGUUUUGAGAAAUUUCGAUUUCUCAUUUUUUUUCCCUCUUUUUUUGGUAGCAUAGAAUCGCUAGCUGUAGUAUAAAUCAUCUUUCAAUUUUUCCAUCAUUUUGAUGAUGCUGAAAUUAUUUCUUCCUUUCUUUAUUAGGAAACUUAAUUCUUCUCA